AGAAGUAGCAUCAGAAACUAAAGAUGUACAAGAAGAAGGAAUAGUACAAAUAUUUAUUAGAUUAUUGGAAUUCUUUUUCAAUUUUCCUUCCCUUUUUCUCUCUCCUCACACCAAACAGAACCCACUGAAGGGGAAGCUAAAUCAUCAUGAAACACCCUCUGUUUCCAGCACUCCAAAAAAGCAUUUCAUAACAAUCAAAACCUUCUUUCCCUUAAAUUUACCUCUCUUUACACACCCCAUUUCUCAACCAUUUCCUUUCCACCAUAACCCCGUAACCAUGAAACACUCCUUUCCUCUCUUCCUUACUACACUUCUCCUCUUCCUAACAAGAAUUUCACUUGUUUUCUCCAUUCCCAGUAGUUCAAAUCUUCCUCUACAACUCAUUUCUCUUUUAACCUUAAAGUCCUCUUUCCAUGAUAAUCACAACACCUUCAAUGAUUGGGAUCCUACCCUUGCCUUCUCAAGACCCGGUUCACACAUUUGGUGCUCUUGGUCUGGCAUCAAAUGUGACAAAAAAACUAACCAAAUCACCUCUCUUGAUCUCUCAAAGCGCAAUCUUUCUGGUACAAUUCCAGCAGAUAUAAAGAACCUGGUGCACCUUCACCACCUGAAUUUAAGUGGAAAUGCCUUAGAGGGUCCUCUCCAAACAGUUCUUUUCGAAUUCCCUUUCCUCAAGACUCUUGAUAUUAGUCACAAUUCCUUUAACUCAACUUUCCCCCCUGGUGUAUCAAGACUCAAGUCUUUAACACACCUGAAUGCUUAUAGUAACGAUUUCAUAGGCCCUUUGCCUGAGGAAGUUGUUAAGCUCCCUAAUCUUGAGUACCUUAACCUUGGUGGAAACUAUUUCGAGGGUGUAAUUCCGAAAAGUUAUGGUGGCUUUGUAAAGCUGAAAUUUUUACACUUGGCUGGAAAUAAAUUGACUGGUCCGGUUUUGGCUGAGUUGGGUUUCUUGAAUGAGCUUGAACAUUUAGAGAUUGGUUACCAGAAUUUCACUGGAGGUGUACCUGAUGAAUUUUCUUCUUUGUCAAAUUUGAACUACCUUGAUAUCUCUGUAGCCAACCUUUCUGGUAUUCUACCUGUUGGGCUAGGCAACUUGACAAAGCUUGAAACUUUGUUUAUUUUCAAGAACCAUUUUUUGGGUACAAUUCCUUCCUCUUUUGGAAAAUUGACAUCUCUGAAAUCGUUGGACUUAUCCGACAACCAUCUCGUAGGAACAAUCCCUGAAGGGAUUUCAGGGUUCAAAGAGCUAACAGUCUUAAAUUUGAUGAACAAUAACUUCACAGGUGAAAUCCCACAAGGGAUUGGUCAGCUUCCUAAUCUUGAAUUGUUGGCUCUAUGGAAUAACUCACUCAUUGGAAUUUUACCACAGAAGUUAGGUUCAAAUGCAAAGUUACAAAAGCUUGAUGUCUCUUCAAAUCAUCUAUCAGGUCCCAUUCCACCAAAUCUUUGUCUAAGCAACAGCUUAGUUAAACUUAUCCUGUUUUCAAACCAGUUUAUUGGUGAGCUCCCUUCUUCCUUAGCAAAUUGCACCGCAUUGGCCAGGUUUAGAAUUCAAAACAACAGACUCAACGGCUCUAUACCAUUAGGCUUUGGUUUCUUGCCCAAUUUAGCGUACUUUGACAUGAGCAAAAACAAUUUCUCCGGUCCAAUUCCGAAAGAUUUUGGGAAUUCCGCAAGAUUGGAGUAUUUGAACAUUUCAGAGAAUUCAUUCAACAGUGAGUUGCCGGAUAAUAUGUGGAGUUCCCAAACUCUGCAGAUAUUUUCGGCAAGUUACAGUGGCCUUAUCGGGAAAAUCCCUAACUUCAAAGGGUGUCGUGUUUUGUACCAUAUCGAGCUUGAAGGAAACAAUCUCACAGGAAGUAUUCCAUGGGAUAUUGAGCAUUGUGAGAAGCUCAUUCAAUUCAAUUUUCGACGAAAUUCGCUUACGGGAAUCAUUCCUUGGGAAAUAUCUGCAAUUCCUUCCAUAACAGAGAUUGAUUUGUCUCAAAAUUUCCUAACUGGAACAAUUCCUUCAAAUUUUGCCAAUUCCAGUACCAUAGAAAACUUCAACGUGUCCUACAAUCAGCUCUCUGGUCCAGUGCCUUCUUCAGGCUCAAUUUUCUCAAGCUUACAUUCCUCUUCCUUCAUCGGAAACGAAGGCCUCUGUGGUGCUGUCAUUCAAAAGCCUUGUGGGACCGAUGGGCUCGCGGCUGGAGCAGUGGAAGUUAAGCCGCAGCCCAAGAAGACAGCUGGCGCAAUCGUCUGGAUAAUGGCAGCUGCAUUUGGUAUCGGGCUGUUCGUCCUCAUCGCGGGCAGCCGAUGUUUUCACGCCAAUUAUAGUCGGCGAUUUUCAGGUGACAGAGAAGUUGGCCCCUGGAAAUUAACGGCUUUCCAGAGAUUGAACUUCACAGCAGAUGAUGUAUUGGAGUGCUUGACAAUGACUGACAAGAUCCUGGGAAUGGGUUCAACAGGGACAGUGUACAAAGCCGAGAUGCCAGGUGGCGAGGCCAUAGCGGUGAAAAAGCUAUGGGGAAAACACAAGGAGACAAUCAGGAAAAGGCGAGGCGUUUUAGCUGAAGUUGAUGUGUUAGGCAAUGUGAGGCACAGGAACAUCGUGCGAUUGUUGGGCUGUUGCAGCAACAACGAGUGCACGAUGUUGCUGUACGAGUACAUGCCCAAUGGUAGCCUAGAUGAUUUGUUGCAUGGUAAGAACAAGGAUGCUAAUUUGGUGGCUGAUUGGCUAACUAGGUACAAAAUUGCACUUGGGGUCGCUCAAGGAAUUUGCUAUCUUCAUCAUGAUUGUGAUCCCGUUAUUGUUCAUCGUGAUCUUAAGCCUAGUAAUAUUCUUCUGGAUGGUGAACUGGAGGCUCGAGUUGCUGAUUUUGGUGUUGCCAAGUUGAUUCAGUGUGAUGAAUCUAUGUCUGUGAUUGCUGGAUCUUAUGGCUACAUUGCUCCUGAAUAUGCAUACACAUUGCAAGUUGAUGAGAAAAGUGACAUAUACAGUUACGGGGUUGUGUUAAUGGAAAUUUUAUCAGGGAAAAGAUCGGUGGAACCAGAAUUUGGCGACGGAAAUAGCAUUGUAGAUUGGAUUAGGUCCAAGCUCAAGACUAAAAAUGGCAUAAAUGAUGUGUUGGAUAAAAAUGCUGGCGGUUCGUGUCUUUCGGUUAGGGAGGAAAUGAUGUUGUUAUUGAGGGUUGCAUUGCUCUGCACUAGCAGGAAUCCGGCAGACAGGCCAUCGAUGAGGGAUGUUAUGUCUAUGUUGCAAGAGGCCAAGCCUAAGAGGAAGUUGCCUGGAACUGUGGGUGCGGGUGACAAUGCAAUUGCUGCUAUUCCUUUGGCUCAAAAGGCCACUGUGGAGUGUUGAUAUUAUAAUAGGAGAUUUGGGUUUGUCUUGGUUUUCAACUUAGCUUUCUCUUUGGAAUUGUGGGGGAGAUUGGUAUAGGAGAAGUUAAUAGUUUUCUUUCUUAAAUUUUUGCUAAUGGAAAUUCCCGAAUGUUCUCAAUCCAAUGUCCUGAGAUAUUAGACCGAAACUAUGAAAUGAGUAUCUUUGCUAACAAA